CGUCCGGUCCCGGUUUCCCCGGCGACAGCGGCGGGCUGGUCCGCGUGUGGUGUCUGGGCUUCGCAGGCAUGGGGACUCCUCCAGGCCUGCAGACUGACUGCGAGGCGCUGCUCAGCCGCUUCCAGGAGACGGACAGUGUGCGCUUCGAGGACUUCACGGAGCUCUGGAGGAGUAUGAAGUUCGGGACCAUCUUCUGUGGUAGAAUGAGAAAUUUAGAAAAGAACAAGUUUACAAAAGAAGCAAUAGCUUUGGCUUGGCAAUAUUUUUUACCUCCAUACACCUUCCAGAUCAGAGUUGGUGCUUUGUAUCUGCUAUACGGAUUAUAUAACACCCAACUGUGUCAACCAAAGCAAAAGAUUAGAGUUGCCCUGAAGGAUUGGGAUGAAGUUUUAAAAUUUCAGCAAGAUUUGAUAAAUGCACAACAUUUUGAUGCAGCAUAUAUUUUUAGGAAACUACGACUAGACAAAGCAUUUCACUUUACAGCUAUGCCCAAAUUGCUAUCAUAUAGGAUGAAGAAGAAAAUUCAGCGAGCUGAAGUUACAGAAGAAUUUAAGGACCCAAAUGAUCGUGUAAUGAAACUUAUCACUUCGGAUGUAUUAGAGGAAAUGCUGAAUGUUCACGAUCAUUAUCAGAACAUGAAACAUAUAAUUUCAGGCGAUAAAUCCAAUCCAGACAAAGCCCUCAGCUUGAUAAAGGAUGAUUUUUUUGACAAUAUUAAGAACAUAGUUUUGGAGCAUCAGCAGUGGCACAAAGACAGAAAGAAUCCACCCUUAAAAUCAAAAGUUAAAGAUGGAGAAGAAAAGAGAGAAGGAAAUUCACAAGAAUCAGAGAGAUGUGAAAGGGCAGAAUCUUUAGCGAGAAUAAAAUCAAAGGCCUUUUCAGUUGUCGUUCAGGCAUCCAAGUCAAGAAGGCAUCGUCAAGUCAAACUUGACUCUUCUGACUCUGAUUCUGCAUCUGGUCAAGGACAAAUCAAAGCAACUAGGAAAAAAAGAAACAAAGAAACAUUGAAAUCAGCAGGAAGGAAGACAUCUUCUAGAAACAAAGAUGACCUGCAGAAUGUAAAUAAGGAAGAUAAAUCUUUAAGGCUGAGUAUGCCUGUAAUUACAGAAGAGGAAGAGGACAAUGGAAGUUUUAGCGAAACAGAGUUCACUGCACCCAAGAGGAAAAGAAAAUACAGAACAAAGAACCCAGCGAAGAAGUCUUAAUUUUGACAUCUCUGAUAAAAGAAAAGAUUUAUAUUUUGGAUAUUGAACAGGAAGACUGCCAGUAUUAAAAAUAAUUCUUCUGGGAAACUAUAGGUUAUUUCUCUGAAAUGGCAACAUCUUAAUAUUGCUCUAGAUUUAUAAAGGAACAAAAAAUUAGAAAUAAGAAUUUCCUUUUAUGAAACCUGCAUAAAUGGAAAUAAAAUUUGGAUUUAGAAUGUAAUAGAAAUAAUCCUUUUAUUUGCAGAUUAUUAUUGUUUCCUAUAAGUUUUUGUGAUGUUAUACCUCUUAGAGUUCUGAUAUUAACUAUUUAAGAUAUUUGUUUUUGAAGUAAUAAUGUUUAUUACAUAUAAGUGGAUUAUUAAAUUUAUAGUAUGGUAAUGGGUUCAUUUAUGGUAUGUAUUAACUUUUAUAUAUUGUAUGGUUAAGUGCAAUACAAUUUUUGCCUUAUUUGCUUUAUUUUUGAACAUAUGAAACUUAUGGUCAGUAACUUAUAUGAUUGAUAUUUAGGAAGCCCAGUUUCUACUUCUGUAAUCAAUUAAAUAGUCUUUGGUGUUUGUUUUAAAGCUCCCUUUGGCCUGACAUUUUGUAUGUAUAUGUGUAUAUGUAUGUAUAGAUAUGUUUGUAUGUGCCAUAUCUAUACAUAUAUGAUCAUUUCAGUACAUUGUUUAAAUACAUUUAAAUACUAAUUAUUUUUAUUUUUUUAAAAGAUUUAUUUAUUUUGGGGGAGAGAGCAUGCAUGUGUGUGUGCACACAUCUGUGUGUGUGCACACAUUUUUGGCUAGUGGAGCAGAGGGAGAAGGAGGGAGAAUCCUCAAGAGUUGGCUGUUUAACUGGCUGAACCACUAAUACUAAAUACUAAUUAUUUCUAAUAAAACCUUUAAGAGUGAUAAUGUAAUUUCCAGAAUGUGUUAUGGUACAGAGUAGAUGAUACUCACGGAAAAAGAUUUCUAAACUUUGUGGACAUGCCUCUGUUAAUUUCUCUCUUAAGACAUUUAAAUGGAGAUCACUUAAGCCAUGUUGUUUGAAUUGCUGCUACUAACAGACCAUCUCCACACCAUGUGGUUGGCUCAGCCUUUUUUUUUUUAAUAAUUUUUUUUAUUUGACAGAGAUCACAAGUAGGCAGAGAGGCAGGCAGAGACAGAGAGAGGAGGAAGCAGGCUCCCUGCUGCGCAGAGAACCCGAUGCAGGACUCGAUCCCAGGACCCUGAGAUCAUGACCUGAGCUGAAGGCAGAGACUUAACCCACUGAGCUACCCAGGCACCCUGGCUCAGCCUGUCUUACAGUUGAUUAUACUCCAUGUUGUUUUCCAGCAUUGUAUAUUCAGGAAUUUUGCAAAUGUCCAGUGAGUGAAAAUGUGUGAUAUGUAUAAUCUUUUAAGUUAAAAAUACUGAUGCUAGCCCAAAUAAACUUUCAUUUAUUAGAAUGUA